GUUUUCACGAUGAUGACAAUGAGAGCGAGCGUACGAUGAUGAUUUUUCUUUUGUAUGUUAAAUCCAUUUAGUAGCACAAGAACGAAAUCAACCCAGAAAUACUUGGCCCAGUAUCAAUUUGUACGUUUUCCCAUAAUGUCUGCCAUAGAUACGUGGACAUCAUCGUCGUUGUCGUGUACGGUAGAAGAACAACAGCAAAAAUAGUUCCAAUCAAGAAAAAAAUAAAAUAAAGAAAAAAUAAUAUAAAAAUGGAAUAGUAUAGUAUAGAAAUAAUUUAAGCCAAAUAAAAUUAUGAUUUUCGCAAAUAAUCUGUGUAUAAUAUGCAAAAAAUAACGCUACGAAAUCAUCAAUGUGUAUUGAAAUCAAUUAAAAAAGCCGUUUUAUAUGUAUUAAUUAUUUUAAUCUGAAAAAGCAAUUUUCUAAUCUAAAAUAUGUGAUUUUUAAACUUUAAAACAAAAAAAUUCUAAAUAAAAUAAAAAAAUACAAGAAGUGCACAAAAGUGUUUUUACAACAAAAGUGACUAAAUUUUGGUUCAUUGCACUGCCAGACUAUUAAUAAAUAAAAUGAUUUUCUUCAAAUAUAAUAAAAAACUACUUUUAAACUUUCGCAAAAGAACAUCAUCAACAAUACCAACAGCAACAACUACAACAAAAUCAACAAGUAAUUCUACAAUAAUAAAAUUUUGAAAAAAAGACAUAAAUAUUAAAAAAAAAAAAUAAUUUUUUUACAAAAAUAAAUCUAAAUCUAAGUGAUAAGAAAAACUUCUUAUUUUCUUAGUUUAUAUACAUAUAUUAAAUUUAAAUUAUCUGUAAAAAACGGCAAAAAUGCAGUAGUUUCCUUAAGAUUUUUUAUAUAUUGACUGUGAUUAUGAGUUCCACAAAAUCGCAAGUAGCUGUCGCUACAAAUAUUCCAAAUCUAUCAUCUGGUCAGCAACAAAAAGAUUAUAAUACAGAAGAACCGUUGGGCCGUCAAAAUAGUUUUGGUUUAAACAGGAGGGGCAACAUGAAAGGAAAACAUUUAACGAGGAGUCAUGCUAUGAGAGAGGCGACUUCGCCGCCACGUACUCCAACACCACGAGCGUCAGAGUCUUCAUCGCAAAUAUCACCAAAUGGUUAUCAGCAGCAACAGCAACAUCAGCAGCAACAUAUGGAUGUUAAUGAGGGCAACAAUAACAAUAAUAGCAAUAAUAAAUUGCAUACACAAUCAUCAGCCACUCGCGGCAAUUCACCAAUAAUCGAUACACCAACUGUGAUUGUAACUAGUCAACACAAGCAGCAACAACAGCCACCACAACAACAGCAACAGCAACAAUCAAAUGUUGCUCUAUGUAAUGAAACUGAAUUUCCAAAAUUGAGCCCCCCCAAAUCCAAAAGCGGUAGUAACAGUAGUGCUGUUGGUGGGGGAUCUGGAGUAGGAUCUGGUAAUAGUUCUAGUAGUAGCAGCGGUGGUAGUGGUGGUGUUGGUGUAAACACAAACUGCAAUAGCAACCAACAACGUAUUAAUAAUGCUUUGGAAGGUCACAAUAACAAUAAUAAUACUAAUAAUAAUAAUAACAACAACAAUAGUAGCAAUAAAAAGACAAACGGUGAUACUGCAGGUGUUAGUAAUGAAACGCACAAUAAAGGCACUAACAAUGUGAAUAUGAACGCUGGGACUGUAAAUAAAAAUUACAAUCAAACGCAACAGCCGCAAUUCAGUGCUGGCAAUGCACUGCAGAAAGCUUUAAAUGUCACUGAUAAUACACAGCCUACUCCAAUUUACAAUUCUCCUAUGAACUAUCAAUUGCAUCCCAAUGAUGUCAACCGUGAACAGCAGCAGCAACAACAAUCGUAUAUCGUUUACGAUAAGGAAAAUCGUUGUCCACGCAAUGACAGCCAGAACAGUAUGAACUCUAAUGAUGAAAUGCAUUAUGAGACGCAGCAGCAACAACCACAUCAACAGCAGCAGCAACACCAAUCACAGCAGCAUCACCAACGUUCGGGUGGCGGUAAAAAACAUCGCACCAAUUCAAAUUCAAAAGGAUCCAAGCCUCGAUUGAAGAAUAUGGGCAGCACCAACAGUGGUGGAGGAGGUGGCGGCAGCGUAUCUAACAUGGGUACUGGUGGAGGUGUUGUUGCUGGUGGUAUAGCAUCCGGCAGCAUUGAUGGCAGUCUAAAUAGCAGUAACAAUACAUCAGGCUUCAUUUCAAGAGUCUUCACAAAUUCAGAAAACUCCAACGAACAAUACACAGAUCACGGUGGUACCGAUUUGCUUAGUUUUUUCAAAGAGACCCUAAACAAGAACGUCAAAGAUCGUCAAUUUUUGUUGAAAGUCGAAAAGGAUUUAAUUGAAUUUGUGCAGGAAGGAAAUCGAGGUGAAAUACGUUUUCCUCAAGCCUCCUCAUACAAUCGUAUGUUGAUCCAUAGAACGGCUGCCUUUUUUGGCAUGGAACAUAAUGUGGAUACCGAGACUCAACAAUGCGUUAUUGUAGCGCCGACUAAAAACACUCGCAUACCAGAAAUUCGAUUUAAGACACUGGUCAUUAAUAAUCGUGAUGAUUCACGAAAGUCUAUAUUGAAACGCGACACGCACAGUUUUGAUGAGGCUCGCCAGAGCAGUUAUUUGUGCCCGGACCGAGGUGGCAUGCUUGAUCGCAAAGCAAAGAGUUUUGAAGAACGCGAAGAAGAUUACGAUCGUGCCCGAUCGCGCAUAUUUAAUCGAAGCCAAACCGAAUCAUGCCCUGGCGGAGGAGGUAGUACGGACGAUGACAACAACUACAUUAGUUGGACCAGUUCUGUUGAUCAGCAGCAAUUUUCACGUGGACGUGCCAGUGGAAAAGUGUUGAAGAUUCAAAAUUCUCCAGAUGGCCGUGGCGGCAGUGUUGUUCAGAAAUCGAAUAACAACUUUGGCAAUUAUGGUGCUCCCAGCCAGGGCGGAGCCCCACUUAUACGCGGUGACUCGGCAAAUUCCAAUAAAAGUAUGGGCACCGGCAGUGGAAAUGGAACACGGAUAUUUUCUAAACAAGAUUCGGCCGGCAGUUCCAAUACAUCGUGGCGAUUAUCUCCAUCAAGCAGUGGCUAUAAAACCCAAACGCAAUCGAUUCGUUCCGAUUCUGUUACGCCAUCACCAACCGGUGGUUAUGGCAGUGAUGAACCCCAUUUGCCAGAUCAUCCUUCAGUCAUCGCAAACAGGGAGAUCAGUGAAGAUACAACAUCGCUUCCUAGUGGACUAGUGUGGGCCGUCACAGAUAUUUCGAAUGUGCCAAAAGGCAGCAUUCUAAUAAAUCCGCAAACCUUACAGCCAAUCCUAAAUGCAGACGGUACUGUUUAUCAUUACGAUCCGUCUAACAUGCCGCCGGCACAAGCGCUGGCAAGUGGUGGCAAUGUCGUCAACAGUGGGGGUGGUAUUUAUCAUACAAAUCAAAAUAAUUCGCCCCCACAACAGCAUUCAAUGCACAACCCCAUAAAGAAGCAGCACAAGGGACAUACAAUGCAACCACAGCCCCAACAGCAGUAUAACAAGAUGGAAUCAACAACUACAGGAGCAACAAAUAGUGGCGGCGAAUCAGUAUCGGAAUCAUCGACCCAAACAAUUAACGUCGGUGAGGAAGUAAUUCCAUCAAAUAACAUCUUGGAUGUCAGUUAUCAAGAAGACGAUUUAUGUAACCCGGAUGAAAAUGAUGAAUGUGAUAAUUCGGUCAAUGGUUGUCUCAGUAUAACUACAACUACAUCAACUAAAAAUUACGAUCGCAUUGAAGUUCAAAAGUUUAAGAAUCAAGCAACUAGUCCUAAUAUACCCAUUAAUGAAAAGGAUGAUCUCGUAAAACGGGAGCAUUCAAGCCAGACUCCGAUAAAUGCGACUCCAACACAGCAAUCACAAUUGCAACAAUCACAAACUCCACAGCAAUCUCAGACGCAGAACCGUGAAACUCCACACUCUUCGCGCUCGACGCCAUUUAGCAAUAGUGAUACAUUGACAAAACGUUCUUCCGAAGAACCGAGGGCGACAAGUUGGACUCAAAGCUACCAGGCUCCUGAUGGUUCUACGGUAUUCCAUACAACAGCCACACCCAAUAGCAGCGCCACUAAUCCUUAUUGUACUACCACAUAUCAGCAAGGGCCUGAUGGAAGCAUUUACGCAGUGCCACAAGGAAUGAUUUACGCUUAUCCUCCACCAGUUGAAGGGGAAUUUCAAGGAUAUUUUAUGCCAGUUUUUGAUCCCUCUCAACAACGUAGUGAUACCACCGGUCUUUUGCAGCCCGGAACCCAAGCUAUAUAUCCAGCGGGUGGUGCAACAACGAUGGUACCCGUAGCUGCUUACCCGACCACACAGUUCGCCACAACUAAUGGUGCUCCGAUUUACCCCAGUCAAGUGAUAUACUCCGGCGAACAAUUUCAACCAGCUCCGUUGACGGCAACAGCUCCAGCAUCUGCUACAGCCCAAUUGCAGCAAAUACCAAUGACAACUUAUCCGAUUGGAUAUCCAUAUCCAUACAAUGGAUACUGGGGCCAAACCAUGACAUACUAUGUACCUCAACAAGCUGUUCCCGCCACCUCACUGUUAGCUGCACCACCUCCAUCAGCACCUGGUAAUGUUAGUCACGUCGCAGGCGGCGUGAACACGACUGGUCCGAAUGGAGGCAAUUCGACGGCUGGACCGUCAACCAAUUCCUCGAAUACUACGAAUAAUUCAUUAGGCCAUGCUGGCAGCGGUAACACACCGAAUACCAGUCAUCAGAAUGGCUCCCUUACAACAGGAUACCAAUCACAUGUACAUACAGUUGGCGGUGGUGUAGGUUCCAGCCACAGUGGUGGUACAACAUAUUAUGGCACUGGUCGAAUCAAGCGUCCCACUCCUCCACACUUCACUAGUGCAGGAACUAAUGGUGGUCAUCAGGUUUUAGCUGCUGCGUCUAUACCCAAUGGUGUCACGACAGCCACAUACCAACUAGGACAUGCAGUUCCUACACUCACGUUGGCGGCAGCAGCUCCUCAAGCCACAGCCGGAGCCCCAACAACAACAGAUCUCAGUGGCGGUGGUGUAGCUCCAACAACCGCGACCAUGUACGCUUUACCACAACAUGCUACAAUAUUUCCAGCAAAUAUGUUCCCAUAUGCCACAAAUGCCGCUGCGCAAGCCAUUGGUCCGCAGUCAGGCGCUAACAUGGCGCCUCAGACAACUAUUAUCCAACCACCUGUCAAUCCACAAGGUCAUGUUACAGGAGGUCUAGCUGGUCAAGCGAAUGCCACAGCUGGCGCCAUUCAUAAUCCUCACCAUUCAAAUACUGUGAUCACGCCCUUCUACACCACAACACAUCAUCAUGCACCGCAUCCGGGAAUACAAUCCGGUGGUCACACAAUACAUGCUCCUGGUCCGUCUGCCAUACCCAUAGUGGACCCGGCGACGAUUACAAACGUAGCGCAACUUGGACCGGCCAACAAUUCGGUAUACAGUGGUCGAGGUGUUGGCGGUGGAAACACUGCAGGUACCUCUCAAUCUGCUCCUAGCACUCCGCAUUCGAUGCCUUCUUCGUCGACCCUACACCACUCACAGCGAAAUCCUUCUGUGUUUUCCACACCACCCAUAAUGAACAACAAUGGAGGCAAUUACAGUAGUUGCAAUUCUACGCCUCAUUACUAUGGAAAUGUUGAAAUUUCGCAUCAAGCUACCCUAAAUGCAGGUGGAGGCAAUAAUAGCAACAGCCCUCACAAUUCAUACGUAUCAUCCUCGUAUGAAAAGCGAAACAACACUAACAGUGGAGGAGGAAAGAAGCCUCUUUCGUAUCAGAGCGCCAGUUUAAGCAGACAAAAUUCAACAAGUGGUGGUGGUUACAAUGGUAACGGCAAGCCACCUGCUUUGCAUAAUAACAACAACGAUACUAGAGCUUCGCCAAGCAGUAGCACUAACUCCCGACCGCAUUCAAUAAAACGUGGUGGAGGAGGCGGAGGAGUAUCCAAUGACAAACCACAGACUCCGCUACUAAGUGGACCGCCCAGUUUUGUUGGUAGUGCCAAUAUGCAGAACACUAAUAACAAUAACAGUUAUCAGGCUAUUCCAAAUGCCGACAUAGGCACCGGAAAUAUUCCUAUAGUUAAUGUUUCUAAGCCACCGAUUCGGCUGAAUGCAGCUGCUGCAGCGUUCCGCCAAAAGGGCUCUACUACAAGUGGUGGCGGCGGCUCCGCUGUGGAAUAUCGUCGCAAUCCGGCAUCACAGCGCAAUUCGCCUGGUACAAAUGCCAGCAGCAGUAAUGACAACAGCAACAACAAUUCGCCCAACAGUAUACACAAUUCUUCCAAUGCUGCCACACCCAUUGCUGCUGGAUGUUACGCACCAUCGUACAUGAUUAAUGCUCAAAAUAAUGGAGGCGAACUAGCUCCAACACAUCCAACAUCGCUUUAUAUAACAACUGCACCAGCUCGAGGACCUGCACACAUUCCACCCCAUUUACAAUCAGCAGCAGCAAAUGGUGCUGCUCUACCGGCAGCAGCUGCGGCAGCUACCGCUAGCGUACCCCAACAAGCAGCUACAGCUGCUUUAGGUGGAGCUGCUGCUGCAGCAGCAGCUGCUGAUGUGGCAAAUGCUGCCGCUGUAGCAGCCGCAGCUGCUACUGUUGCUCAUCACCAUCAUCAUCAACCGCUGUUGGGUACCUAUAAUCCGGGUGCAUCAGGAUUGUAUUUCAAAUACGGACACACGUAUUUUGCCCAUCCUUCCGUAGCUUUACCAAAUAGUCGCCGUUCUCCAUCGACAGAUUUGAGGCCUCCGAUUGCACAAAUGGCUGGCAUGUACCCCACAGUCAAUAUGAUGAUACCAGCUCAACCGCGACAUCCAGGACGACAUCCAAAUCCCAAUUAUAAAGGAACACGGCCCCGUUGAUACACGCGUUUAUAUUGAGGACGUGGUUGUCUCAACAAUAUCGAGGAUUAAAAACACAAUGACGCUAUACCAAAAACCUUAAUAUAGAAUAACAUAAGUUUAAUUAAACAACUAUAGAAAUACAAAAAGAUACAAACAAAACAAAAACAAUAUGUAACUAAUCUAGAAAAUACAUUAAGUUUAGUUAACAAUAAUUAUACAAAAUUACAACCAUACAACCAGCAGAAAACAAUAGAAGAAAAUCUACAACGGUAAAAGAAAUCAAUGAAGAAAAAUCUCUUCCUCUCAAUGGGGACAAUGAAAACUGAAAAUCAGAUAAACGUAUAUUCAAUAUUUUAUAUUUUCCGGCCUAUUUUUUCCCCAAAACAUUACAAGAAUAGAAUAUGGGAGACAUACAAAACAUAUAAAAUGAACUAAUUUUAAUUUAAUACGAAUAAAUUGGCUUUAAUAGGUAGAGAAAAAAAAAGAAACUCACACACUCAUAUACACAACAAAUUUAAAUCAAUAAUCGUCAUCAUCAUCAUCAAAUACAUACAUAUACAUGUACGAACGCUUUCAUAUAAAUACAAACAUACAUGUAUCCAUAGGUCGACAAAUGAAAAUAUAUUCUAUAAAAUUCUAUCAGUUAAACUAUACGAUUCAAUCGGAAUUACAAUAAUGCAAUCGAAGGAUCAAUUCAAAAGAAUAAACUGCAAAAAGAAGUACAGGAUUCUUGAUAAAGAAGAAAUCUUGUAAGCAUUGAGAAUGAGAAACAACUAGUAGAUGCGUAGCAGCAAUUGUGUGCCAUUUAGAAAAGAAAAAAGUCAGUCAUUUAAAAUAUAAAGAACAAAAAAAAGAAUAAAAUAUGUACACAAACAAACCCACAUCCAGUCUCCACAUAGAAACCACCCACAUUUACACAACACUCACAUUCAACAUUAAUCACUCAUAUACAUAAACACACACAGUCACACAUACAUACACACAAACAUAUAUAUUUAUUUAUUUAUAAAUAUAUAAAACAAUUAACUUAAUUAUUAUAGUAAUUAUAAUUAUUUAUUACACUCACACACACACACACACAUAUUAUAUAUAUAUAUACAAACAAACAAACUUAAAUACAUAAUUUAACUCUAUACAUAAACACAAAUGCUAAAACAAACAUACAAAAACAACAAAACCUAUAAAAUAUAUUAAUUUUAUAGUAUUUAAAGAAAUGAAAUUUACUAUAUAUACAUACAAUAUAUAGACAUAUAUACAUAUAUAUAUCUAUAUAUAUAUAUACAUAUUAUAAUUAAAUAAUAUUAUUAUUUAUAGUUACCUAAGGUAGCAUAAUGAAAUUAUAAAAAAUAAAAUAUAAAAAAAAUUUAAAUAAAAAAAAAAUACAAUAUAAAAAA